GUGGCACACAAUAGCGUCUCGCCGCUUACGAAGUGCACUGGGUGUUUUGUGCAAAGGCAUUUCGGAUUGAACAUAACUGAACGCGGGAAUUGGCGGGUAUUGGUAGUAAAACCUUAUUUGCCGCCUGAGCGUUAUUAUUAUUAUUAUUAUAAAACUUCAGUUGGGGGAUAAUUUACUUUAUAGCUCAUUUUAACACAGGUCUCUCUUCCUCAUGCUUACAUUUCACUCUUAACAAUAGCAUUUAGCCAUUUUGUGUAUUUUGGUGUGAAGUUUUUAGUGUGGACUCACACUUGCAGGGGUGAGAGGGGUUUUAUAUCCUGAUGUUUGACAUGGAGUCGUUUCAGAAAGUAGAGAAAAUCGGAGAGGGGACAUAUGGAGUGGUUUAUAAAGCUAAAAACAAAAUCACCGGGGAAACCGUGGCGUUGAAGAAGAUCAGAUUGGACACGGAGACUGAAGGUGUCCCGAGUACCGCUAUUCGAGAAAUCUCCCUGCUGAAGGAACUCAAUCACCCCAAUAUUGUCAAGCUGCUUGAUGUCAUCCACACAGAGAAUAAGCUUUAUCUCGUGUUUGAAUUUCUUCACCAAGACCUCAAGAAAUUUAUGGACUCGUCCUCAGUUACUGGCAUUUCACUUCCUUUGGUCAAGAGCUACCUGUUUCAGCUGCUCCAGGGUUUGUCCUUCUGUCACUCUCACCGGGUUUUACACCGAGACCUGAAACCUCAGAACCUGCUCAUUAACGCGCAAGGAGAAAUCAAACUAGCCGACUUUGGCUUGGCCAGGGCUUUUGGUGUGCCAGUACGCACAUACACGCACGAGGUUGUGACUUUGUGGUAUAGAGCACCAGAAAUUCUCCUGGGCUGUAAAUAUUAUUCCACAGCUGUCGACAUCUGGAGUUUGGGCUGCAUUUUUGCUGAAAUGAUUACUCGGAGGGCACUGUUUCCUGGAGAUUCGGAAAUUGAUCAGCUGUUCCGAAUAUUCCGAACCCUCGGCACUCCUGAUGAGUCAGUGUGGCCCGGAGUGACCUCAAUGCCUGACUACAAGCCUUCUUUCCCCAAGUGGGCACUGCAGGAUCUGUCUAAAGUGGUGCCUCCUCUGGAUGACGAUGGCAGAGACCUACUCGCACAAAUGCUGAAAUACGACCCCAACAAGAGAAUCUCAGCCAAGAACGCUCUCGUUCAUCGAUUCUUCCGUGACGUCACGAUGCCGAUGCCUAAUUUGCGGUUUUGAGGCACGAGAAGUCCUGUUCAGCAUCUCUUCUUCCUGAUGCCGUUCUUCCUCAAAACCAGAGACUGUUAGCCAGUUACACUGCUUUGGUGCCUUUUAUAUACCAGAGUUUAUCUAAAGUCGAGGUAUUGUGUAGAAGGUUGUAGUUUCUAUGUACAGGUCACUCACCUGCUCAGACUUUGUACCAUGCUUGAUUUUUUCUGCAGUCUGUUCUUUUUGGUAGGUGACAUUCCUUAAGAAAUGCUUAUUCUGGAAUAAUCUUACUGAAUGUUAUUAAAAAAAAAUCUCUUCAUUAAGAGAUCUAUGAUGCACCAGCAGAGGAAUAUUUAUUUUUGGUUUGCCAAAAAUUCACACUUUUGAUAGUUCUGAAUUUUUUUUGGUAAUUGUUGAUUUUAUGCCUUCAAAGGCAGGUUUUUAUCCCUGUUUGAUAAUUAUACAUAAACUUGUUAUGAAAAGA